CCAUAAUCGACCAAGAAGAUCCUUUGACCACUCUGCCAACCAUCGAAGAAUGUCGUGCUCUUGCCCCUGAAACAACAUCUGACUCCAGCUCUUCAUCUGGCUCUUCAUCAUCUUCAUCAUCAGUCUCAUCCAACUCUUCUGUUAAAAGACACAAUGAACUAAUGGCUGUGUUGGCAGACAUCAAUAACAACUUGAAAAAUAUACACACAGAAAUCAACAAGCAGUAUCGCUUCAAUUGUGACUUCACAAAGAGCAUGGCAGACCUCACUGACAUCCUGAGGAGUCAAAACCAACCCACACAACCAGCAGCUGAGUGUCCCCCACCCACAUAUCAUCAUCCGGAUUACAGCCACAGCAACACCCAUCACCGUCUUGACCAUUCUGCAACUGAAACAUCUACCGUCCGAUACAACCAGCACCGUGACCGUUCUCCUUUGCGCCCCAGAAAUCACGACUCGAGGGACAGACAUGACAAGGAAAACCACCGCGACAGAAGAUUCGUGCAUCGUCUCGACAAUCCAAUCAUCUUUCCAUCAUGUUUCAAUUCUCAUCCAGUAGUCAACGUCGUCGCGCCUAUCAGUGCCUGAAAUGCUACCAUCGGAUGGACAAAGUGUACAUUGAGGCGAAAUACCGCGUGUACAACCAUUUCCUGAAGGAGCACAUGAGUCUGGAUCAAGCUCCAUACUACUGUCGUCUGUGCCUCUUCAGAUGUUUCAAACGCGAAGAACUGGAAAAGCAUGUUCACAGUUUCCGUCGUCAUGCACUUGUGCUCCAGGAGAAAAACAUCCCUGACAGUCCAGAGUUCCUUGUCAGUAAUCAAUCUCCAUAUCUCAUUACUGACCGGGAUGUUGCUGUCCUUUCUGCUGAAGAAGGCAAACGCCAUUGGCUCUCUAUCUCCAAGAAGCCUGACAUUCUGUCUCAAGCCAUACAGUCUGUGCUUCCAGACCUGAGUCCUGUCAGCAACUGGCCACUGUCUCCUUUCCUACAGCAAUCUUCUCCAGCACAACCAUCCAGACUUACUCCUCUUCAGACACUUCAACCUCAACCCAUCACCUACGUCAACCUCUCGGAAUGCAUAGGCCCCCUGCAACAACUGAUCAAUGUCAUCGGAACAUCAACAAACUCCCCAACGCCAGCACCAAAUCAACUAACCCUGACCAGCCUCCCACCAUCUCACACCCCAUAA